UGCCCUCUCAAACCCUCUCACCUCUCUGCGUAUAUUUCAGAUUCUCAAACCUGAUAACAUUUUAUCGGAGUGCUUAAAAAAUGGUGUCGAUCUACACUUUCUCACAUUAACCUAAGUAUACUAUCGAUCGGGUGAGGGGGAGAGAGAUGGCACCGCAAUAUCCUGAUCUGCGUUCGUAUGGAAGCUCAAUGGAAAUGACUAGACAGCCCUCACAACACUCGGACAACGAUCGGAGCAGCGGAGAGUUGCGCGCACUGGAUUGCAACCUCACCUCCCUCUGCGAUCACAUCCAAUUGGAGGGCUUCAACAAUGGCUCCUUCUCCGACAUCGUUGUCCACGCAAUGGGCUCCACCUACCAUCUCCACCGUCUAAUCAUCUCCCGAAGUUCUUACUUCAGGAACAUGCUCUAUGGUCCUUGGAAGGAAGCCAAUGCUCCAAUUGUGUCAUUGCAAGUGGACGAUAAGAAUGUUAAUGGGGAGGCAAUUGCAGUGGCUUUGGCUUAUCUUUAUGGGCAUCAUCCUAAGCUUAAUGAUAAUAACGCUUUUCGCAUUCUUGCUGCUGCUUCAUUUCUUGACCUUCAGGAUUUGUGUGCAAUUUGCACAGAUUUCAUUAUAUCUGAACUGUGGACUUCGAACUUCUUAGCAUAUCAGGUGUUUGCAGAGGGCCAAGAUUAUGGUAUACAUGGAGAGCGUGUUAGAAACGCUUGCUGGGGUUUCCUUUGUCAAAGUGGUGCCAUGGAGUUGAAAGAGGUACUUCCAAAACUUUCCUCUCAAACUUUGCAUGCACUACUGACCUCGGAUGAACUGUGGGUACCUAGCGAAGAGAAACGGUUUGAAUUGGCAAUGUACACACUUCUUGCAAAAAGUGCUUUGUGCAAGGCAGAACAUCCUGAACAAGUUCAUUCCAGUUCUGAGGUGGGAAUGAGCAGUUGUUGCGAUUCUUCUAAAGUAAAGGGAAAGAACUUGAUUGAUAGCAGCAGUAAUAAAAGUUUGGAAUCUGAAUUAGGGCGCUUAAGUUUAAAAGAUGACAUUGAAGGCCAUAAUACCGCACAUAACAUUUUGGUUGAGCUUGCAGAUUGUGUGGUUGAUUCCCACAAUGGGGUUCAUGAUUCCAAACAACAGGUGCAACAAGCUGGUUGCACUGAGUCAGAUUUGGAGCCAAGAUACCAUCACAGCACUGAACAACUUCCAUCAGGCAACUCAUUUUCAUAUACAGAUGAUAUUAGACCCUCUUGUUCUUUUCUCGAAAUGCCAGUUGGUGUUGGAGUGAGUGGAUUGAGGGGUGAUGGUGUCGCCAUGGAAGGGCCAUCUGAAGAAGGAUCAUGCUACCAAUUGAAUAACAACAGUUGGCUUGCCAGGGACCAAAGGCACUGCAGUUCGAUGAGCUCUUCCUGUAAUGGGUUCAUUACCAAUGAAUGGGGAAGGUUUGCUGUGCCUUCUCUAUCAUGGGGUGGUCGGAUUGUAGGCCGAAGAGAAGGUAAUGCAAGAGGGAAUUGUGGGGUUGGUGGGGAAGAUUAUGUUGUGUUUGUCAAUAUUUUUGAAGGGGGUUCUCUUUUAUACUGUAACAUGUCUUUUGAGGCCCUUCUAAAUGUUAGAAAGCAGCUUGAAGAAUUGGGAUUCCCUUGCAAAGCUGUGAAUGAUGGUCUUUGGCUGCAGAUGCUUUUAAGCCAACGGGUGCAAGAAAUUGGUGCUGACACUUGCAAAAAUUGCUGCCUUACGACUAUGGCAUGCGCAUGCAGGCAGACAAUUGGAUUUUCACAUGGAAUUACUUCCACUAGUUAUUACAUGCAAGAGCAUGAUCAAAAUAACCCAUUGAGCAAUAUGGGAAAUGUAUAUGUUACUGAUUCUGCUCAAGGUGAAGGAAAUGGCCUCUUUAGACCUGUACGAGUGCAUGUUAGGGGACCUAUUGAUGGACUAGCUGGUAUUGGACGUGGAACUACAUUUGUGCCAGCAGCUGCUUGGCCUCCAACACGCUUUGUCUUUUCUCGUGUGCCUUUUGGUAUGGGCAACAGAAACUGCCAGCAGCCUCCUGCUAAUGAUGAUUCUGAGCCUAGAGCUGAUCACAAUGGGGAGCUGGCUGGAGAUGGAUUGACAGCUUUGGUUGGACUUAGCCAAGGAGUGAGCAACGUAGCCAGUGUUCAUGGGGAGCAAAUGGGAAGAGGGUAUGAGACAGAUCUGCAAAGCAGAAUGGCUGGGCCUUCGGUUACCGGGCCAAGUACCAGUGGUAUUUCUUUGCGGAUGACAGAGUCACAGGAAAGUACCAUUGGGAUUGAAUGGGAGAAUACAAACAGUUCUAUAUCAUUGGAUAUGAAUACACCUCUGAGUCACUUCCCUCCCUUUCGAUUUGCGGUGGAAUUUAAGGAUGUGCACAUGCUCAGUGAUGGCCAAGUCAAGCACUCUCCAGAAGAAUUUUAUGCCGGUUCUUUGUGGAAGGUUAGUGUCCAGGCUUUUAAUGAUGAAGAUCCUCAAGGACGCCGAACUCUUGGAUUAUUUCUUCACAGACGGAAAGCAGAGAUACUUGAUCCCCUUAGAAAGGUUCAUAUGUAUGUGGAUUCUCGUGAAAAGGUCACUGCCCGUUAUCAGUUGAUCUGUCCGUCAAAGAGAGAAGUCAUGGUGUUUGGAAGCUUCAAACAGACGGGAACUCUUUUACCGAAAGCUCCCAAGGGAUGGGGUUGGCGCACAGCUUUGUUAUUCGACGAGCUUGGCGAUCUUCUCCAGAAUGGGGCUUUGCGAGUAGCUGCGGUCGUGCAGCUUCUUUGAGACGGUCAUGGUAGCGCUCUGUACAUAUUUGAAAUGAUGUCUCAGAUAGAACCACAGUUAACCUAUACUUGUGAGUUGUGCCUCCAAGCAGUUGUUUACGCAGUUCAAGGACUGUAAACAGAAAUUUAUAUCCCAGCAUUCACUAUUUUAUGCAAAUCUUAGUGAUUAAAAUAUAUUUUUGACCUUUUUUGAAAAUUUUAUUUAUUACUUCCCAGUGCAGCAAACCAAAACUGCACCCUGAGAAGUGUGAUGUGAUCUAUUUUAGUGUUGUGUUUGGGAGCACCAAAUUUGCGACUUGAAUUUGGAAUUGAAAUAAAUUUAGUUUAAAGUUUUAAUUGA